AUGCAUUUGGAAGAAUGUGUGAAUCCUGUUCAGGAUUCUGCAACUGUUGCUGAAGCUUCGCUGGCUCCUGUGGAAGAAGGGCAACCACCAUCUACUGCAAAAAAAACACUUUCCCCCUCUUCCGCCUUUGACCCUCCUUCAAUGGUCCAAAAGGCAUUGGCUGAAAACCUGAAUCAACGGAAUAAAGUUAAUGAUAGGGCUGAGAAGCAUGCAUGGAUUCUGUGGGAUCAAAGGCUGGUUGUGAAGGUGGUGGAUUCUCAUGUGCAAGCCCCUUACAGUUGA